UAAGUUUCGCUCAUGGAGUAGUUCACAUAUUACAAAUGUAAUGUGAAAUAGAGGUUUAAUCACAACACACAACACGUGUUUUAGGUGAACUAUUUUGUCGAUAUGUCGGCAGAACUUGUGAGAAAGAGUUUGGAAUUAUUUGAGGACAAGUUUGUGAAGAAAGAUGGAAAAGGAAAGGCAAAGAAACACAACAGCACAAACAGACAGGGUGUUCAGAAGCAGCUUCCGAGCAAUAAAAAGGAAAAGAAGACUUUCAGAUCUGCAAUAGAGAAGCACCAGGCCGAAUCUUCCAAGGAUCACACAGCUGAGAACAUCCACCUUCUGAAACAGCUCACAGAUGUUGCCAAAACAGAUGAAACUUUCACGAAAAAGGUAUUUGGUUAUACAGACACCAAAGCAUCCCAUGAACCGAAAGAAGAGGAGUCCACGGUGUUCACGGAAGCCGACUUUGAGAAGUUUGAGAAAGAAUACAACUUCCAGUGAUAUUCCAAUACGUUAGGGAUGCAGAUAUGUGGAUGUUGGAUCACAUACAGUGAAACAGAGUUUGUGAAAUUCAUUUUGAAACUAUUUUCAGAUGGAAGUCAAACUUUUGAUUUGUUCAAAAUGGGCAAACACACAGCACCUCAUGUGGUGGGUCAGCUGUUCGUAACCAUUUCUUAUCAACAGUUUGUUCCACUGUGAACAUUACUUGUUGUGCAACCAGGUCUGUGAAAGCAUUAAAUCUUCUUAUUAUACAAACAAGUUUGUACAGCUAUCACAUUGCUUGUUGUAUAUCACUUCACCAUCACUCACCUCAGAGCUUCAGUACAAACACAAUUCUAAACUUGUGUAUUGAAUGGGAACGAUCCCAAGCCUGAUUCAAGACAUGAAAAGAUCAGCUCAUGUUUCUAAAAACCAGGAACAGCAGCACUGUGUAGACAUAGAGUGGAACACGGUCUGUCUUCACCAAGUAGUGCGUUGCUGCAGGGUCGGAAACAUCAGCACUGAAACACCCGGUGAAUGUUGGCCAUGUUGGAGCGAGCAAGCUGGGUUUGGGGCAUCCUCGAUAAUCUCCAGGGUAUACAUUACGAUCACUCUCCACUAUACCCUGGAUGCAUCCAUCACUUGGCCUGAUAAUUAUAUUACCUCCCUUUGCUGGCUCCGCAUUCUCACAGAAGCCAA